CCGUUAGCUCGUUUAUCGUCACUCCGCAUGCUAACUCAGUCUCUGGGUAUUAUCACAGAGCUGUUUACCAUUAGAGAUGAAUCAUUGGCACCAUGCCAUCGAAUGUAGCUAGCUCUAUAAUGCUACAAUAUGUCGUUAUGUGACCAUGGACAUCCUCUAAGCAUGCCAUAGUAAACAUUUGCCAUUAAAAUAACUAACUAGUUGCUAGCUAUAACCUCAUGCAUGCUUCUGCAGACAGUCUAUGUUUAACCAGCUAUAGUAAUGUUAGCUAGCUAGCAUUGCGCCUUCUAAUUAGCAAAAUUAGCGAAUCUAAGCCUUGAAAUAUGCAGGUAAUGGCAAUCUGUCAUUUGGGCAGUGGCUCUGAUGCUAAAUAUCUAACUAACCACCUUUUGGAUGAUUUGUGCACGUACACUUAGUGACUUACUAUUGUCUGCCUCAAACCAGUUACAUUAUUCUCUUUAAGUGAAUGUAAACAACCUAGAAGCAGGUCACGACUCUUGGGCCUGUGCCACGAAGGCUAAGUAACAUCCCAAAGGCAGGCGAUUACUCUCCAUGCAUACAUUUUUAUUAUUCUUUGCGUUUUUUAAAUUCUUAAUCACCCAUCGGGCCAUCUGAUACAGCACACCAAUUCGGUCUUGACUUCGUUAAACAUUUCUAUGAAGUGUAAAUCCUAUAUGCCACCUUUGUGUGCUGUAUUUAUGAAUUUGCCUGUAAUUUAUUCCAAUAGUAGGACCUAGGAGUAGGUGUGUCUGCCAGUUCCAAGGCCACUGCAAUGCAGGUCAGUCCUGUUCAAGUCUCUGGUGUAUCUAACCAGUCAGCCUUUUGAUGAUGUCUAUUUGGCAGCUUUAUCAAAUUGUAUUGGUCACAUACACAUAUUUAGCAGAUGUUAUUGUGGGUGUAGCAAAAUGCUUGUGUUCCUGGCUCCAACAGGGCAGUAGUCUCUAACCAUCGUUAGCUGUCUGUACCCUACCUAGGGUCCUGUCUUUUGCACAAUCAUUUGACAUGCAUGGAUUUGAACCUUUAUUUUACUUUUUGAUCAACCUGUCCCCUUUGACAAUUUCUUACAUAUGUGACAUGAUUGCCCAAAACACGGGGCCCUAAUCAUACCAUACCAUUGAAGAACUCUGUAGCAUUUGGUGUACACACACUAAGAUUCACUGCAUUCAGUUCCUGGCAGCCAUCCAAUAGUAUUCUUAAUGAAAUGAAAUGGCUCUCAAAAGGGCCACUAAGGUGAAAGCAAUGGAGAGGUCUAAAUCUGACUCUCCAUCGUCAGAGAAAAGCCUACCUGGAUGUCUGGCUUUGGGCACGGCCGUUCUACUGUACUAUACCGGUGAUCAACCAUUAAGAUGCUGUAUGAGGAUCAUAUCAGAUUGAGUGGACCUCAUAAAGUUGAAGAGGCUUGUGAAAUGUACUGCAGAGCAGCCAACAUGUUCAAGAUGGCCAAGAACUGGAACGCUGCUGGUAAUGCCUUCUGCCAGGCGGCCCGGAUCCACAUGCAGCUCCAGAACAAACACGACUCGGCCACCAGCUUCAUCGAUGCAGGAAACGCUUUCAAAAAGGCAGACCCCAGCGAGGCUAUCAAGUGCUUAAACGCAGCUGUUGAUAUAUACACAGACAUGGGAAGGUUCACCAUCGCAGCCAAACACCACAUCACCAUCGCAGAGAUCUACGAGUCAGAACUGGUGGAUAUAGAGAAGGCCAUCGCCCACUAUGAGCAGGCAGCAGACUACUACAAAGGAGAGGAGUCCAACAGUUCUGCAAACAAGUGUCUACUGAAGGUGGGGGCCUAUGCCGCUCAGUUGGAACAGUACGCAAAGGCCAUCGAGAUCUACGAACAGGUUGGAUCCAGCACCAUGGAUAACCCCCUGCUGAAAUACAGCGCCAAAGAGUACUUCUUCAAAGCCUCUCUGUGUCACUUCAUCGUGGAUGAACUUAACGCCAAACUUGCUGUUGAGAAGUACGAAGAGAUGUUCCCAGCUUUCUCUGACUCAAGAGAGUGCAAGCUGUUGAAGAAACUCCUGGAUGCUCAUGAGGAACAGAACUGUGAAGCUUUCACAGAAGCAAUUAAAGAGUUUGACUCCAUCUCUCGUCUGGACCAAUGGCAGACCACCAUGCUGCUGCGCAUCAAGAAGACCAUCCAAGGGGACGAGGGAGACCUGAAGUGAGACCACGACAGGGGGAACACAGCAGCGCGGGACGCACACAUGGCAUGCUACCCCUCUCCACUACUUCACCCCUUACUCAUCCCAUAUUGUUUUUGUGCAAUGACUCAGUCCAGGUUCUUACAUACAGAAUGUCCAGGCAGUUAAAGCCGCUGCAAUGUCUAGGCCAGGGGUCUGACUUUUAGGGAGGGAUUUGAGGUUUUGGUCAGCUAAAAUUAGUUUAAUUUAGUAAAUCUGUUCCCAAGUAUUGCCACAAAUAAAAUAGAGAUAUGCGAUCGUGUAUCAAUGUAAUGAAGGUGUGAAAUUAUUGUAUUUGAAAAUAAUCUCUUUUUGGAUCCUCUUUCUGGAGGAUGGAUCUGAUACAUUUCCUGUUUAGUGGUGAGUAAACUUCUGAGAAGGCCAGAGAGGCAUUCUAAUACUAAGGCAUUGAUCACUGAUGUUAGUAUGGAGCGCACAAACACUGCAUGAUUUGUACAGUUGUAAUUCAUUAUUCUAUUAGGUUCAACAGAUGUGACUUCAUCUAGAAAUUAGUAUUUUAAAUAUAUAUAUUUCUAUUGUCUUUGCUUGGCUUCCAACAGAAAAGUCUUAGAAGGGAAAUGUCCAUUACUUAUAUCAUAAAUGGUUCUUGUAAACAAAGGUAUUCCUGCCUGAGAUGACAAUGAAUUGUUUCAUAUUUAAAAAAUCUUAUUCUUGAAAUGGACAAUUGAUACAAAUACAGUUUAUUUACAAUCAAGACAUGGCCAGAAAGUAUAUUUUGCUUAGUUGGUAUUUUUUCCAUAUUUCUUAUUCUGUAUUAUGAGGUUAGACACAAUCUGCCUAUGUGAGGCGACUUCCUAAUUCUGCUUGUAAAUUAUUAUUUUUUUAACGCAGAGCUAAGAAAAAAGCUAAGAAAAUCCCUUGCCCUCUUGUAAGCGCAGUUUCACUUCUAAUCUCCAGCUUGUUCUUUCAUUGUCACUCAUGUUGAUGUACUAUGUGUAGUGAAGUUGUAACCAUGUUGGUGUAUGCUAGUGCAUCCUCUUGCUGGCAACUAGCAGAGCUGCAUUUCUUUGUGUAUAGGUAAUAGUGUUGUACAACAUUUCCUAGUAGUGAUGAACUGCAGCAAGGUUUCUACUGAGUGCCCCACAACGUAGGGGGCAGUCAGCCUGCAUAUUAAGCUUCUUUCAGAUGGAAUGGUGCUCUUUUUAUUUGGUCUGUAUCUGAUAAUUAACUAAAUAAAAUCAUUAUCAUUC